AUGCCCAGUUUAUCCAAUUCUCAACCUUUAGCACCUGCUGCACCCAACGACAUGACAACAGCUGAUUGCUAUGUUCGCAUUGAUCAAUUUUUAAACAAAAACUCCUCCAUAAAGCAAUUUAAAAUUGAAGACGACAACCAUGGUAUGGGCAUGAUUUCGACAGCAGAUCCAAAUGCGCCCAAGCAAGCCAUCAAUAUGCGUCUCAGUCAAUCUACUAUUGGCAAUUACCUCAUCAAUAACGGAUUCCAACGUGCUUCUGAUGGUGUAUCUACUUAUAUUAGACAAUAA